AUGGAGACCCUUCAACCCCGCCCACUGGUGGUUUUGAAAAAGACAGCCUCAUCGACGAGUCUUGCUUCCAAAGAAGACACUACUGACUCAGCACGCUUUUCCAGGAAGUUCGGAAAGCACAUCCAGAAACGGCAACUGGAAAUCCCAGAAUACGCCGCCAGCUUUGUCGACUACAAAGCACUCAAGAAGCUCAUCAAGAAACUUAGCGCUACACCAGUGAUACCUCCACAGAGCGAGGGUUUUCAACAUGAAUCCCUGGAUCCGCAAUCGUCUUUGCAGGCAAACAAGGCCACUUUCUUCUUCCGAGUGGAACGUGAGCUCGAAAAGGUCAACACGUUUUACCUACAGAAAGAGGCAGAGUUGCGUCUGCGCUUGACCACGCUUCUCGAUAAGAAGAGAGUCAUGCAACAACACCCGCAGUCUGUCUCCAAGACAUCCUCGCGAUAUGUUGCCCUCGAGGAGGGGCUAAAGCAGUUUAGCAUGGAUCUUAACAAGCUUGAGCAAUUCGUGGAAGUGAACGAAACAGCCUUUUCAAAGAUCCUCAAAAAGUGGGACAAAACAUCCAAAUCAAGGGAAAAGCAGCUUUACCUCGCGCGCGCCGUCGAAGUCCAACCAUGCUUCAACCGAGAAGUCAUCAGCACGCUGUCCGACCAAGCAACCCAGGCACUCCUUGAUUUCUCAGGAUGGGCUGAAGGCGAAGGAGUACAAGCCCCUCAUCCCACAGCCGAACCACGCGUCUCCGAACCUGCUUUCGAAGCGAAACUCGAGCUCGACAACCAAUUUGUGCAAGCCAUCAACACCGCGAACCAAGGCAAGAUAGAAGAGUGCCUCGCCCGUCUGUCGACCCUCCCCGAUGCAAGCGACCACAUCUCUAGAGCGUUUCUCAGCACCGUUGCCGAAGCGCCAGAGUCUGCAUUGAGGAUUUUGCUCGAUUCGAAUCUUGUGAAUCUCCAGCAAGAGGAUGAGAUCAACGAGCGAAAUUGUCUCCAUAAGUCGGCCAUCAGCGGAAGGAUCGAAGUACUCAAACUUGGCCUAUCGAGCAACGUGGAUGUGCAUGCGACGGACGUCUACGGCAGAAUACCAUUGCAUUACGCUUGUAUGCAUGGGUACGUGGAGCUGGUUCAGGAACUCAUAAACGCUGCUCCAGAAACAGUGAACUUCCGGGAUCAGGACAGCUUCACGCCCCUUAUACAUGCCAUUGUGCACUCAAAGCUCGCUUGCGUGGAGAUACUCCUUUCGCGAGGUGCUGAUCUUACGCGUCUGGGUCCUGGAGAGCAUGUGCCGCUCAAUCUCGCAUGCCAAUAUGCAUCGCUAGAGAUCCUCGAACUCCUUCUACAAAGGUCAGCAGAGAUGCUUUCGGAUGCGGAAGGGCUGUUCCCUCAACACUUGGUGGCACGAUCGGGCAAGACGCCAGAAGCCUUGCUGAUGCUACGGAAAUACGGCGCCGACCUCGACCAGCCGGACAAACUCUACCAAUGGACGCCACUCUUUCAUGCUGCGAGCGAGGGUCAUGUGGAGUGUCUUAAGACGCUACUUCAAUGUCAAGUCGACGUAGACAUUGUGGAUGAGAAGGGUCUUUCCGCCAUGUACUACGCAACAUGGGAAGGGCAUCUAGAGUGCAUGCAGCUACUUGCUUCUGUUGGACGCGGUGUCGGGCUCAUGACACAGAAACAGGCCUCGCCUCAAAUAUCCUCUCAGCUGUCCAGCUCAAUGCCUACAGCCAUGGAUAUUGAAGGCGAUCCUGACGGUAUUCCCGAGUUCAUCCUACCACCACCGAUCAUACCCUUCCGAAGAUAUGGCCACAACUUCCUCGACACGAAGACGUUCGUAGUCAUCAACUUCGAGAAGGUGGGCAAAGAUGCCAUUCGAUUCUAUGACGAGUCGAAGUAUCCUGCUGCAAGGCUUACCAUCUCCUCGAAGAGCUCCGAUCUUAUACCACGCAAUAUCCUGCUACCCAUACAAGAUGAGUUCAAGGUCAUCUCUUUCCAGAUCGAGAAUCUCGAUACCUUCUCUAUCGACUUCGACGUGUAUCCUACGAUAGGAUCAAAGGUUAUCGCUCGCAGUGUGGCUUCUUCAAAGGUAUUUACGGAGCGUUCAAAAAGCACGGGCCGUUGGCAUCUCGAACUGUUUGACCCAAGACUACGAGCCAUUGGCAGAGUCACCUUCGACUUCCAGGUGGUCAAGCCGUUCCACGGAAUUCCGCUCGAGAUUACACACUUUGCAACUUACUGGAAGGCUACUAGUCAACUGGACUCACAGCCGCACACACUCAUCACCGGAUCCAGCCUGUCUGGUGAAUACGUCCGCCUGUUCGUCCAACUGACUGCAGAUGGCAUACCGGUGCUACAUCCGAGAUGGAAGGUCAAUCAUCACGGGCUAGAAGUUCCGGUCAACAUCCUUACGUAUGCGCAAUUCGCUGCGAUCGGCGUCGCGCAAACCACCACGGCCGCAGACCAGCUUGCUGCGGAACUCGGCAACAAUGGUUCGAUCAACAUACCAAAUAUCUAUCAAAUCAUGGCUUCUUCGUUCAUUACGCUGAAAGAUGCCUUGUCGGCACUUCCGGCUCACAUUCAUGUGGAGCUGCACGUUCUGUUCCCAUCCCGGCUCGAAGAAGAACGCCUCAAACUCGGCCCCACGCACGACAUGAACGCUUUCGCGGACAAGAUCUUAUCUGUAGUCUUUGAACAUGCACGUCGAUUGAGGGAGCAAGGCGCGGGCGAGAUAGAUGGGACACUGAGAAGUGUGCUGUUCAGCUCCUUCAACCAGGACAUCUGCACGGUUAUCAACUGGAAGCAGCCCAACUAUCCAGUUCUCCUCUGCAACGAGCUCGGAGCCGAUACUUCGCAGUCGCCUUCUGGAAAUACAAACAUCAUUCAAAGCAGCGGCCGCACAACAACGUCUGUAAAGGAGGCUGUGCAAAUCGCUAGAGACAACAACUUUAUGGGCCUGAUUUGCAGUUCGCGUUUACUGUCACUCGCUCCUGCCCUGAUCGAAUCGAUCAAAACAGCCGGCCUGGUCCUCGUUACGGACAUCACCGAUUCCCCAGCCGAAGAUGCCGCCCAAUCCGCGAGCCUUCAUGUGGCAAAUCCGCGUCGACAGAACACACCCGACGGAGUCGAUGGCUAUCUCAAGGGCAACGGCGUACUCUGCUUCAACGAAACGGUCGACAUGUAG